CUUCCUUGUUCUUUGCCAUUUAUCUGCUACUAAUUGCAUACCAUAUUGCGUGGGAUUGAUAUUCCCUGCUUGCAUUCAAUACUACUGUAUCGCGGUUAGGUCUUCUUCGUCCUGUGUCCAAGCCAGCGUGACUGGGAUUGGCCCUGCCAACGGACCUUGAAGGCACUUCUCUCUCGAUACCCUCCCCUAUUUCUCAAAAAGUAAAUAUAUAUCAGCAUGGCUACACCUACAGUUUCGACUCCCGUGAAGACUCACCAUGGGAUCUUCUCCACUAAGACGGCUGGUGGCCGCAUGCCCCUUACGCCUUCACCACGCACUCGCGCGGGAAGUGUGACGUCAAACCACUCCUCCCCAUUCACACCUCCGUGUGGUGCUCAAGAAUCGGGCAAGGAGCAUGGAAAGUCUGUCUAUGGUGGUAACCUCUCUUCAUACUUCGCCAAGUCUGUCUCGAGGACAGCCCGCAACUACCGCGAAUCCCCCAAAUCCAACAUCGCCCGUGCUCGCACGCGCAAGUCUCCCAGACACCUUGAGCUGGGUGUAUCAGAAUGGGCCUUGACUGGCACUGGUCCUUCAUCACAGACUCCUACCAAGGAGCGCCUGCGGAAAGAGGUCGUGAAGAAGGAGGUGACCAAGGAAGUGGCCAGGAAAGAACCGCCGAAGAAGGAGGCAAUCAAGAAGGAGGUGUCGAGGAAGGAAGCGCCUAGGAAGGAGAUUACCACUCGGACUACGAGGUCAGGAAAGACAACCGUUCGCAUUCCCCACAACGCAGGUGACAGAUUCAUCCCGAACCGUACUGCCAGUGAGGGACUUGUGACUGCUGGCACAGCCAAGCCAGAGGAGAGCCAACGACCAAAGACCAGUAGCAGCGAUGGAUCCUCCGUCCUUGCCAAUGCCGCGAGUGCAUUCGACAUUGGAGGCCGCGGAACAGAUGAAGACAUCACCGCAGCUCUGGAGAGCCUUGGUCUCGAGGAUAACGAGCCAACGACUUCAUACACCAAGCCAGCACCGGAUGCUGUUGCGUACGAGUCAUCCUUGGCAGAUGCCUGUGGUGUCAACCUGAACACUCGUAUCCUGGCCUUCAAGCCGCCACCCCCAGAGUCUUCCAAGCCCAUUGAUCUGCGCGCUCAGUACAACCGCCCUCUCAAGCCUGCCAAAUCUCAGUCCGCUCAGUUCCGCCGACGUGUUCAAACCGCUCCUGAGCGUGUCCUGGACGCCCCUGGUCUCCUCGACGAUUACUACCUCAAUCUGCUGGAUUGGAGCUCUGGCAACCAGGUUGCAAUUGGCCUGGAGCGCAAUGUUUACGUGUGGUCUGCCGACUCAGGGUCGGUCAGCUGCCUGCUGGAGACUGCACCUGACACCUACGUGAGCAGUGUAAAGUGGAGUGGUGAUGGCGCCUAUGUCGGUGUCGGUCUCGGAACUGGUGAAGUCCAAAUCUGGGAUGUCGAGGAAGGAACCAAGCUUCGCAGUAUGUUUGGCCAUGACUCGCGUGUAGGUGUCAUGGGCUGGUCGAAGCACACAUUGUCUACCGGUGCCCGCAGUGGUCUGGUAUUCAACCACGAUGUUCGCAUCGCACAGCACAAAGUUGCCGAGCUGGUCUCGCACACCUCUGAAGUCUGUGGUCUGGAGUGGAGACCCGAUGGUGCUCAGCUCGCCACCGGUGGUAACGAUAAUCUGGUUAAUAUCUGGGAUGCUCGCUCUCUCAGCGCGCCUAAGUUCACCAAGACCAACCACCGCGCUGCCGUUAAGGCCCUCAGUUGGUGCCCCUGGCAGUUGAACCUACUUGCCACCGGUGGAGGUUCUUAUGACCGUCACAUCCACUUCUGGAACACUACUACUGGUGCUCGUACGAACAGCAUCGACACCGGCUCCCAGGUCACCAGCUUGAGAUGGAGCAACCACUACCGCGAGAUUGUCAGCUCGAGUGGAUUCCCCGACAACUCGCUGAGCAUCUGGAGUUAUCCCACUCUGGUCCGGAACGUCGAGAUUCCUGCCCACGAGACCCGUGUGUUGCACAGCUGCCUUAGCCCAGAUGGGCAACUCCUGGCCACCGCAGCCGCUGACGAGAGUCUGAAGUUCUGGAAGAUUUUCGAGCGCAAGCCUGGAACCAGCGCUGCGGCCUCUCGGGAGGGUGGUGUUGGCAGCAAGGCUCAGAUGACCAAAUCCAUGACCAUUCGGUAAAUUGGUUGGUCAUCUGUAAUUUCUUCUGAUCUUUUUAUUUUUUCUUCUUCGAUGACUAUAUUUCGGGUUCGGUAUCGUAGACCGGUUUUGUCUAGAUAUCAUUGGUUCUAUUGGUGUUCAGUACAUUGGGGGCACAUAUCCGGAUCCAUGGGAUGGAAGGGGUGUUAUUGGUAAUUGGCGUUUGUAUCUAGGUUUGACCGUAUAAUAGCUGUCAGGUUUCUUGUAUAGAAAGUCGCAUACUCAUAACUGCUCGUCUUUUCGUUCCUGCGUCUUAGAAGGGAUAGAAGCUGGCCA